AUGGGAGACAAGUCUGGGAGCAAAGUAACUGCUGCAAAGAACCAGAUCCAUCUCCAGGUAGUGAAGGGGCUGGAGGAUGUGGAUGUGUGUGAGAGGGAGGGCUGCACGUUCGAGGUGACCCUCAACCUGUCCUACAUAGCGGGCACGUGGACCAAGGACGGGGUCAAGCUCAAGUCCAAGCCUACCUGUCGCAUCACUACCCAUCGGAAUAAACACACUCUCACCUUCACCCGGGUCACCUUAGGAGACACUGGCCUGUUCUCCUUCCAGACUGACGGGAGCCAAAACUGGAUCCAAACCUCAGGCCAACUCACUGUCAUAGCCAGAGACAUACAGAUUGUGAAGGAGUUGGAAGAUGAGGAAGUGACUGAGAGGCAGAGUGUGACCUUCCUGUGUGAGGUCAACUGUGAGGACGUGGACGGGCGUUGGUACAACGACAACACCAGGAUCAAACACGGAGACAACGUCAAGAUCAGGCACGAGGGUCAAACUCACACCAUGUGCUUCAAGUCUGUAAGGCCAGCAAAUGCUGGGGAGAUCAAAUUCACCGCAGACAGGGUCUCCUCCUAUGCAACUCUCACGGUAAAAGAGCUGCCUGUGCAGAUAGUGAAGCCUCUGAGAGUGAAGAUUGCUAUGUACAAACACAAAGGACUGCUGGAGUGCCAGGUGUCCAGGGCCAACGCCCUGGUCAGGUGGUUCAAGAACAGGAGUGAGAUCCAACCCAGCAAGAAGCACCAGAUUGUUAGCGACGAUGUCUACAGGCAGCUGCACAUUGAUGACGUGGCCUCGUCAGACGAGGACACCUACACCUGUGACGCUGGCGAUGACAAGACCUCCUGCCAACUGCUAGUGGAGGAGCAGGCGAUCAGCAUAGUGCAGGGGCUGAGGUCUGUGAAGGUGACCGAGCCCAGGGAGGCCCUGUUCCAGGUGGAGACCAGCCUGAGGGUGGGGAGACCCCCAAAGUGGACCCUGGACGGAGAGGUCCUGAUGGAGGGGCCUGAACUGAGCAUAGACCGGCAGGGCACACUGCACACCCUCUGCUUCAUCAGCACGGACAGCUCUAUGACCGGCCCUGUGCAGUUCAACGCCGGGAAGAGCCGCUCCACCGCACAGCUCACCGUUAAGGAGCGCCCUCUGAAAGUGGUCCAGCCCAUGCCAGACGCGGAGGCUAAAGAGAACAGCUCGGUCACACUGAGGUGUCAGUUUGCCCCCUCCCCCAGGGUGGUGCGCUGGUACAGGGGCCGCACUGCCUUGCAGACAUCCAGCAAGUACAGCAUGAGGACGGAGAAGAGCCAGGCAGAGCUGACCAUCCAGGGCCUCAAGGAGACCGACACUGGCCAGUACAGCUGCAUGGCUGGAGGGUCAAAGAGCACAGCCAAGGUUACUGUGGAGGUGCGAAGGCUGAAGAUCGUAAGGCACCUGGAGCACGUGAAGGUGGAAGAGGAUAGCAACGCCACGUUCACAUGUGAACUCAACUACGUGGUAGCCAAUGUGCAGUGGCUUCUGAACGACAACCACCUCAACGCCAACACUGUUACCAGGAUUCAGAACAUGGGCACCAUUCACAGCCUCACCAUCAAAAAUCUCCGCCCACAGGAGAGCAGGGUGACCUUCAAGGCUGGCCUUCUCACAGAGUCCACCUCCCUCAAGGUCAAAGAAAAGCCAGCAGUGUUCCUCAGGUCUCUAGAAGACAUGUCAGGGGAGGAGGAGGGGAAGGUGUGUCUGCAGUGUGAGACCUCGAAGGAAACGGUCACCCCUGUCUGGAGGAAGGAUGGUACGGUCCUGGCCAGCAGUGACAAAUAUGAGCUGCUCAUGUCUGGGAAGUCCUUAACGCUCAUCAUCCAUAGUCUGAGUAAGGAUGAUGCAGGCCACUACAGCUGUGACCUGGGCACCAGCCAGACCAAGGCCAAGGUCACUGUACAUGACAUUCACAUCACCAUCGCCCAGCGUAUGAAGACUGUCGCCGUUCUGGAGGGCGAGAGCUGCAGUUUCGAGUGCGUCCUCUCUCACAAUGUCAUCGACGAGCCCUCCUGGACCCUGAACGGUCGACUUGUGGUCAGCAACAGCCGCAUCCAGAUCGUAAACAAGGGUCGCAAGUACAAGAUGACCAUCAGAGACGCAACUGUGACUGAAGCCGGGGACGUAGUCUUCUUCGUCAAAGACCUCAGCUGCCGGACCAUGCUGUUUGUCAAAGAGAAGCCGGUGCAUGUGUUCAGGGACAUGACGAGCGUCAAAGCCACCCCAGGGGAGGACGCUGAGCUGAGCUGUGAGAUCACCAAGCCUGAGGCCUUCAUCCGCUGGCUGAAGAACGGCCAUCAGAUCAGGCACAGRCCRCCCAAGUACGAGAUCAGUGUGGAGGAGCACCUGGUACGGCUGGUGAUCACGAACACCUGUAUCAGAGACUCUGGGGAGUACUGCUGUGAGGCUGACGGCAUCGCCACCCGGGCCAAGCUAGAGGUCAGAGAGCUGCAGCACACAUUUGCUCGGGAGCUGCGGGACACACGGGCCGAGGAGAAGAGCAAGGUGAUGCUGGAGUGCGAGACGAGACUUCCGGCCAAGCGGGUGACCUGGCUGAAGGGCAUGGCAGAGCUCCGGGUGGGCAGGAAAUAUGUGAUGAAGCAGAAGGGCGUGGUCCUCUACCUCACCAUCAGCUGCCUGGAGAAGGUUGACACCGACGUGUACACCUGCGAUGUUGGCACCAUGCAGAGCCGGGCGCUACUGACCGUGCAUGGUCAGAAGGUGUUGAUCAUGGACGAGCUGGAGGAUGUUGAGUGUCUGGAGAAUGACACGGUGAUGUUCAGGUGUCGUAUCUGUCCCAGCGAUUAUGUUGGGGUCAAGUGGUACCUGGAUGAGACCUUACUGUACACCAAUGAGCUAAAUGAGAUCCAAGUGAUCCCGGGGGGCUACCACAGCCUCACGUUCAAACAACUGGCUCGUAAAGACUCGGGCACCAUCUCCUUUGAGGCAGGCGACAAGAGGUCCUACGCCUCACUGCUUGUUAGAGAGAGACGUCCCACCAUCACCAAAGCAUUGGAGGACUGUGAGGCCAUUGAGGGAGGCGGUUUGGUGCUGGUGUGUAUCACCUCUAAGCCAUGCCACAUCCUGUGGUACAAAGAUGGCUGCCUAAUGUGGAUUUCCUCGAGGUACUACGUCAGUCGCUCAGGUAACGAGGCCAGGCUUACCAUCAGGGAGGUCAGUAACAGCGAUGCUGGGGUGUAUGAGUGCAGCGCUGGGUCGGUCAGCACCAAGGCCGUCGUCACUGUAAAAGCCAUUCCAGCUGAGUUCACCCAGCCGCUGCAGAGCAGGGAGGUAAAGGAAGCGGAGGAUGUGACCCUUUCCUGUGAGUUCUCUCUGCCGGGGGUUGCGUUCCACUGGAGGAGGGGCUUGGAGACCCUCAGAGCUGGAGAGAGGUACCUGAUGAAGCAGAAGAAGUCCCUCAUCUCUUUGACCAUCACUGGCCCGAAGCCUCAGGACUCAGGAGAUUACACCUGUCAGUGCCGAGACCACAAAACCACAGCCAGCCUCAAAGUCCACGCCAUCCCCAUCUCCUUCACACAACAGUUGAAAAAUGUUCAGGCUGAGGAGGGCAGCAGUUUCACGUUGCGCUGUGAGCUUUCUAAACCAGGAGUCCCUGUAGAGUGGAGGAAAGGGGAGGGGCUGUUAAAGAAUGGAGUGAAGUUCCAGAUAAGGAAGAGAGAGACCAUAUCGGAGCUUCAGAUGUGGAAAGCUGUGCCUGACGACAGUGGUGUCUACAGCUGUGAGUGUGCAGACCAAAAGACCACAGCCACUGUCAAAAUCAGCGCCCUGCCUGUUACCUUCAAACAAAAGCUGAGGAACGUGCAUGUUGAGGAGGGGAACAAUUUGGUGUUACACUGUGAGCUCUCCAAACCAGGAGUCCCUGUAGAAUGGAUGAUGGGAGGAGAGGAGCUGCUGAACAACGGAGAGAAGUUUCAGAUAAGACAGAGAGAGUUGGUGAAUGAACUGAAGAUAAUAGAUGCCAAACCCGAAGACAGCAAUAUCUACACCUGUGUUUGUGGCAAUGUGGAAACCACAGCCGGUGUUACAGUCACAGCAACUCCCAUCACUUUCAAGCAAAAGCUGCGGAAUCUGCAGACCGAGGAAGGGGACACCAUCUCGCUGCACUGUGAGCUGUCUAAAGCAGGGGUGCCAGUGGAGUGGAGGCUGGGAGGAGAGAGGAUACUGCAGAACGGAGACAAAUACCAGAUCAAGCAGACAGACUCGGCACUGGAACUCCUCAUCAGGGAGGCUCUGCCAGAGGACAGUGGAGUCUACAGCUGUGUGUGUCGAGACAAGAAGACCAAGUCCACUGUCAAAGUCAUUGCUGUACCUGCCACCUUCAAAGUGGGUCUGAAGAACCAGGAGGCCCCAGAGGAGGGCAGCAUAAUCCUGCACUGUGAGCUGUCUAAGGCUGGGGUCUCAGUGGAGUGGUGGAGGGGGGAGACAGAACUGUCCCAAGACCUGUCUGGAGGAAAGUACCAGAUGAAACUGGAGGGGAAAAUAGCUGAGCUGACCAUUACCAAUGUGCAACCGGAGGACAUAGGGAAGUACAGCUGUGUCACUGGAGACCAGAAGACCACCGCUGAAGUUAAAGUGCAGGCUCUCCCUGUGACGUUCAAGCGGCAGCUCCAGAACAUGGUGAUCAUAGAGGGGGACAGUGGGGAGUUCUUCUGUGAGCUCUCCAAGCCCGGUGACCCAGUGGACUGGAGGAGGGGCAGAGUCAUCCUGAAGUCUGGAGACAAAUAUGAGAUGAGGCAGGAGGGACGCGUCACUAAACUGCUCAUCCAUAACGUGGAGGAGAGGGAUGCUGGGAAAUACACCUGUAAGAGUAGAGAUGCCCAGUCAACUGCUGAACUGACCGUGACGGGCCUGCCCCCCACUUUCAAAGAACAGCUGAGGAACAUGGAAGUUGAGGAGGGUAAGACGGUGACGCUACACUGUGAACUGUCUAAAGCAGCAGCCUCAGUUGAGUGGAAGAGGGGAGCAAAGCUGUUGAAGAAUGUAGGCAAGUACCAGAUGAGGAAGAAAGAUUUACUGGUGGAAUUGAAGAUCAUCGACGCAAGUCUGGAGGACACUCGCCCUGUCACAUUUAUAGAAGAGUUGAGGAACGUUCAGGCCGAGGAGGGCAACACUGUGACGUUGUGCUGUGAGCUCUCUAAACCAGGGAUGUCAGUUGAAUGGAGGAGAGGAACAGCUCUUCUGCAGAACGGAGAGAAGUACCAGAUGAAGCAGAAAGACGCAGCGUUGGAGCUGAUCAUCAGGAAAACCUUACCUGAGGACAGUGYUGUCUACAGCUGCGUGUCGGAAGACCAGCAAACCUUUGCCACCAUCAUUAUCACUGCCAUCCCAGUCACUUUCAAACAGAAGUUGAAAAACCAAGAGGCUCUAGAAGAGGGCAGCGUGACGUUGCGCUGUGAGCUGUCUAAACCAGGGGUCCCCGUGGUGUGGCUGAGGGGAGAGGAGCUGCUGAGGGAAGGUGAGAGGCACCAGAUGAAGCAGGAGGGCAGGACCGUGGAGAUGGUCAUCGGGAAGGUGGUCCUUCAGGAUGCUGGGGAGUACAGCUGUGUCACAGCCUGCAACGUCAAGACAGCAGCUGACAUCAAAGUUAGGGCUCUCCCUGUAAUAUUCACACAAGAGGUCCAGAGCGUGGUGAUCAAAGAGGGGGACAGUGGGGAGUUCUGGUGCGAGCUCUCCAAGCCCGGUGACCCAGUGGACUGGAGGAAGGGCAGAGUCAUCCUGAAGUCUGGAGACAAAUAUGAGAUGAAGCAAGAGGGACGCAUCACUAAACUGCUCAUCCAUAACGUGGAGGAGAGGGAUGCUGGGAAAUACACCUGUAAGAGUCGAGAUGCCCAGUCAACUGCUGAACUGACCGUGACGGCUCCUCCCGUCACGUUCAAGGUGAAGUUGAAGAACCUGGAAGUUGAGGAGGAGAACAGUGUGACGUUAUUCUGUGAGCUCUCUAAACCAGGACUGACGGCAGAGUGGAGAAAAGGAGAGGAGCUGCUAAAGAACGGAGUAAAGUACCAGAUAAAGAAGAGAGAGGCAACAAUGGAACUGACAAUAAGGAAUGCAGUGCUUGAGGACACCGGAUUCUACAGCUGUGUUUACGCAGAAGCCAAAACCACCGCCACUGUCAACAUCACCCCCAUCCCUGUCACCUUCAAGAUGGGUCUUAAGAACCAGGAGGCCUCAGAGGGGGGCAUCGUGACCCUGCGCUGUGAGCUGUCUAAAGCUGGGGUCCCGGUGGAGUGGCGGAAAGGGGAGGAGGAGUUGAGCCCUGGAGGAAGGUACCAGAUGAAGCUGGAGGGAAAGAUAGCGGAGUUGCACAUUAGAAACAUCCAGCCAGAGGACGUGGGGGAGUACAGCUGUAUAUUCGGAGAUCAGAAAACCACUGCUGAAGUCAACGUGAGAGCUGCUGCCUCAGUGUUCUUUGAGAAGGAGCUGGAGAGCAAUGUGGUAAUGGAGGGGAAGUCCGUUGUCCUCUCCUGUGAGGUCUCCAGUGCCACUGUCCCCGUCACCUGGAAGAAGGACGCCUGCCUGGUCACAGAUGGGGAGAGGUGCAUUGUAAAAAAGAAAGGUCCCGUUCACACCCUGGAGAUCAAGAUGCUGAGUCUGGAGGAUGCUGGGGAGUACAGCUGCAUCACUAGGGGAAAGAAGACCAAAGCCAUGCUGGUUGUGAAAGAGCGUGUGAAAAUAUUGUCCGGACUGAAGGACAUGAAAGUCACAGCCGGGCAGGACGCAGUGUUUGUGUGUGAGCUGUCCCAUGCCGAGGUGAGUGAAGGCGAGUGGUGGCUGGGCUCCAGCCCACUGCAGAAGAACGAAAUGAAUCAGAUGAGCUUUGAGGGCCACCAGCACUGCCUGGUCUUGACCAUGACCACCCCGGAGGAGACCGGGACCGUGGCCUUCGUGGUUGGGGAGGAGAGAACCUCUGCCCAACUGCUAGUUGUCUCCAAACCCAAAGUACUCAUUGAGAAGAAGCCCCAGGACAUUGACAUCAUGGAAGGGGAGACGGCCACCUUAUCCUGUACGACCUCUGACCUCAUUACCCCUGUCACAUGGAGACGCAAUAACAUGCCCCUACUGAACGGCGACAAGUAUGAGACGCGUAAGAAGGGCAAGCUCAACCUCCUACUCAUCCAUGAGACGGAACCAGAGGACUCUGGGAUAUACUCCUGUGACACUGGAGACAUGCAGAGCGAUGCCUAUCUGACGGUCAAUGAGCUACCACUGUACUUCGAGGAGGAGCUGCAGGCUGUGGAGGCUGAGGAGGGUGGCACAGCCUUUCUGUUUUGUGAGCUGUCUAAGCCCGGAGUCCCAGUCCAGUGGAGGAAGGCCCGGCUGCCUCUCAGGCCCAACAGGAAGUACCAGAUGAAGCAGGACGGCUGUGUGUUUCAGCUACACAUCCUGGAGCUGAAGCCCGAUGACAGUGGCAGCUACACGUGCCAGGCAGGGUGUGUGGAGACCACCGCCUCUGUGUCUGUGAAAGUUAWAGUACUCAUUGAGAAGAAGCUCCGGGACACCGUCAUCAUGGAAGGAGAGACUGCCACCUUAUCCUGUACGACCUCUGACCUCACUACCCCUGUCACAUGGAGACGCAACAACAUGCCCCUACUGAACGGAGACAAGUUUGAGAACCGUAAGGAGGGCAAGCUCAACCUGCUUCUCAUCCACAAUGUGGACCCAGAUGACUCUGGGAUAUACUCCUGUGACACUGGAGACAUGCAGAGCAGCGCCAAUCUGACUGUCACAGAUGGGAAAUCCUUACCUGCUGACAGUCAGAUUGGUGCUGCCUCUUGCAUGUCUCCACUUGAGAACCGUAAGGAGGGCAAGCUCAACCUGCUUCUCAUCCACAAUGUGGACCCAGAUGACUCUGGGAUAUACUCCUGUGAUACUGGAGACAUGCAAAGCAGCACCAAUCUGACUGUCACAGAUGACUCUGGGAUAUACUCCUGUGACACUGGAGACAUGCAGAGCAGCGCCAAUCUGACUGUCACAGGAAGUACCAGACUGAAGCGGACGGUCGGAGACAAGUAUGAGAACCGUAAGGAGGGCAAGCUCAACCUGCUUCUCAUCCACAAUGUGGACCCAGAUGACUCUGGGAUAUACUCCUGUGACACCGGAGAUAUGCAGAGCAGCGUCAAUCUGACUGUCACAAAGCUGCAGGCUGUGGAGGCUGAGGAAGGAGGCACGGCCUUCCUGUCCUGUGAGUUGUCUAAGCCUGGAGUCCCAGUCCAGUGGAGUAAGGGCCGGCUGCCUCUCAGGCCCAACAAUAAGUACCAGAUGAAGCAGGACGGCUGUGUGUUUCAGCUACACAUCCUGGAGCUGAAGUCCGAGGACAGUGGCAGCUACACGUGCCAGGCAGGUUUGUGUGAGACCACCGCCUCUGUGUCUGUGAAAGAGCUGCCUCCAUGCUUUGAGGAGGAGCUGCAUACUGUGGAGGCUGAGGAAGGAGGCACAGCCUUCCUGUCCUGUGAGCUGUCUAAGCCUGGAGUCCCAGUCCAGUGGAGGAAGGGCCGGCUGCCUCUCAGCCCCAACAGGAAGUACCAGAUGAAGCAGGACGGCUGUGUGUUUUCAGCUACACAUCCUGGACUGAAGCCCGAUGACAGUGGCAGCUACACGUGCCAGGCAGGGUGUGUGGAGACCACCGCCUCUGUGUCUGUGAAAGACGCAACAAACAAGCCCUUACUGACGGGAGACAAGUAUGAGAACCGUAAGGAGGGCAAGCUCAACCUGCUUCUCAUCCACAAUGUGGACCCAGAUGACUCUGGGAUAUACUCCUGUGAUACUGGAGAUAUGCAGAGCAGCGUCAAUCUGACUGUCACAGAGCUGCCUCCAUGCUUUGAAGAAGAGCUGCAGGCUGUGGAGGCUGAGGAAGGAGGCACAGCCUUCCUGUCCUGUGAGCUGUCUAAGCCUGGAGUCCCAGUCCAGUGGAGGAAGGGCCGGCUGCCUCUCAGGCCCAACAGAAAGUACCAUAUUAAGCAGGACAACUGUGUGUUUCAGCUACACAUCCUGGAGCUGAAGCCCGAGGAUAGUGGCAGCUACACGUGCCAGGCAGGUGGUGUGGAGACCACAGCCUCUGUGGCAGUAAAGCCUCCCCAGCCAAGACAGAACCCCAAGACAAUGCCUCCCACGAAGGCUGCCUCUCCCACACCUCCACCAGGGCCAAAGAAACAGGGCCUGAUCCGGGCAUCCAUUUAUGCUGAGGUAGACGAGGUGAGGAAACGGCCAGUGCCACCAGUGAGGCAAGCAUCUGUAGUGUCGGAUGCUGGGAUAGAGGAAGUCGUGAAACAGCCAGUUCAACCAUUGAGACGAGCAUCUGUAGUAUCGGAUGCUGGGGUAGAUGAGGUGCGGAAACGGACAGUUCCAGCAGUGAGGCGAGCAUCUAUGAUGUCAGAUGCUGGGAUAGACGAGGUGAGGAAACAGCCAGUUCCCCAAGCGAGAAGAGCGUCUGUAGUGUUGGAUGCUGGUAUAGACCAAGUGGUGAAACAGCCAGUGCCACCAGUGAGACGAUCAUCUAUAGUGUCCGAUGGUGGGGUAGAACAGAUGGUUAGAUCUGUUAGAUCUAAAAAGAAGAUAGAUAUAGAAAUAGGCCAUCAAGAGAAACAUCCAGUGAAGUCUAUGGUGAAGGAGACAGAGAUAGAACAGAGGGAUAAACAGCCAGCAAGGUCUACAGUGCAGGAGACUGAAAAACCCAAGAUGAUGGAGGAUGAUAACCAACUCCAUAUCUCAGAGGAUGAGUCCUUUACUGAGGCCCCCACCCAGGUAACAGUCAACCAGAAGACCAGCAAGCCUGUAGUCGCUGUUGCUGGAGUUCCCAAGGGGCUACAGAUGACUCAGCAAGUUGACGAAAUUGCACUUGACAGUGUCGAGGACGAACAUGAGAUGUUGGAAGCUGCCAUCAAGAUCCAGGCAGCUUUCAAGGGAUACAAGACCCGCAAAGACAUGCGGCCCGUCUUCAAGCAGGUGUUUAAGAACCAGAAUGCUGAGACCAAUGGUACCAUCCAGCUGGAGUGUAAGGUGGAAGGGAAGCUCAACGCAGUACGCUGGCUGAAGAACAGCCAGGAGGUCAUAGGAGACCAACGCCACCGUGUGAACACCUCAGAGGAUGGCUUCUGCACACUGGUGAUCAUCAACAUGUCAGCCAUAGACACUGGGGUCUAUACCUGUGAGGUGGCCAACACGUUUGGUGUGUCCUCAUAUAAUGGUAACAUUACUGUGGGUGAACCUCAAAAGCAACCAUCUACCCAGAGGCCCGCAGCCCCACCCCAGCCCCCCACCCCUUCUGUGCACCCAGUCCUGGCCUCCAUUGGCCCUCUCCAGCCAGCCCAGACCUCCACCCCUGGGAAGGAGACUGUGGAUUCUGUGGAGUGUGAGGGGAUCUCCCUGUGGCAGGCCUACAAUCUGACCGAGGAGGAUCCCCGCAUGACCUUGCAGGAGAGGAGGAGGGCCUCCCUUAUCGCCGCCAGCUCUAUGUCUAGUCCCUCUGACUACGACACAGCUCCAGAUUUCAUAGAGCCUGCUGACAUAAUCCCCAGAGAUCACCCCAGCGAAAAAGAAGCCAUUAAGUCAGAGGACCAGUUAUCCAAUAAGGAGGAUAAAGAACAGAAAGUCACGCCUCAACCACCGAGGCAUUUGAAGGUCAAAGUACCUGAUGCCAUGUUGAGGACUCCAUCCCCCAAACACUAUCGUUCCCACACACCUGCUGCUCUUACAGGCUCUGGCUCGGAGUCCGAUUGUGACGAGGAUAGAAUAGAGACAUUUGAUAUAUACGUGGCCAGAGCUAACUGCAGUCCUCAACAAGGUGGCGACAAGGAGAGCUUUGUGUUGAAGGAGGGUCAGUACGUGGAGGUCUUGGACUCUGUCCACCCGGAGAAGUGGCUGGUCCGCACCAAGCCCUCCAAGACCGCCUCCUCACGCCAAGGAUGGGUCUCUCCUGCAUACCUGGAGAAAAAGAGAAAGGAGACAUUCCCACAAAUGAGGACACCACAACAGGAGCUGGAUGUACCAGGGUCUACAGGGGAGAACUACAGGAGAACACUAAGCCAAUUAAUCCAGGGGCUGAUUGAUGGGGAGGAAGAGUUUGUGAAGGAGAUGAAGGAAUUCAUGUCCCACCACCUGCARCACUUAGACACCAGCCCUCAUGUCCCUAUCAACAUCAUCAACCAGAAAGAAACCAUCUUCCGCAAUAUAAAGGACAUCAUGGCUUUACACGAGAGGUCACACCUAUCUAUCCUGCCCAGUCUGAGUGAGUGUUCUACUGACGAUGACGUGGCCAUGCAUCUGGUCAAACAUGCAGUGGACUUUGAGAAGUAUCUGCAGUACAUGGUGGGCCAAUCACAGGCAGAGGCCUGUGUCACUGACAAGACCAUCCAGCAGUACUUCAAGCAAAACACGGAAUCAGACCCUGAGCACCCCGAAACUGCAGUCCUGGAUGUCAUCACCUUCUUACAGAGACCAGUGGAGAGGAUUCAGACCUACCAGGCCUUGCUCAAGGAACUGAUCAAGAACAAGGCUAAGUGUGCGAAAAGCUGCCUUCUGCUGGAGGACGCCUUCUCCGUGGUGUCCUGUCUGCCCUGGCGCUCUGACAACCUACACCAGGUGUCUCUGAUUGAGAACUACCCUGCCCCACUCACUGCACUAGGAGAACCUGUCCGCCAGGGUCCUUUCACUGUGUGGGAGGAGUCUCCCGAGAUCAAGACGUCCUCCAGGGGCCACCAGAGGCAGGUGUUCCUCUUCAAGGACUGUGUCUUGCUGUGUAAGCUCAAGAGGGACCCUGGCAUGAACUCUGACACCUACGCCUUCAAGAACAAGAUGAAGCUGAAUGAUGUGGAGGUGAAGGAGACGGUGGGGGGAGAUGAGAAGUCCUGGGGGCUGUGGCACGAGCACCGGGGCUCAGUGAGGAGGUACACACUGCAGGGUCGCUCCGCCCUGCUCAAGCUGUCCUGGCUCAAAGACCUGAGAGAGCUGCAGCAACGCUCCAGCCUGACUGCCAGCAGUCCACCAGAGUUUGAAGUUCUCCUGGCUGACUGCACCACAAAGAUCGGGCAGACAYUCAAARUGGCCUGCAAAGUCAUAGGAACACCCAAACCAGUGGUCAGCUGGUUCCAAGAUGGUCUGGCCCUAGAGGAUGGCCCCCACCACAUCAUCACUGCAGACCGGGCAGGCACCUGCUGUCUCAUCAUGGAUGGUGUCACUCCUGAGGACUCUGGACAGUACUUGUGCUACGCUUCCAGCUCUGUGGGCCAUGCUAGCACACUGGCCAAGAUAGUGGUGGAUGCACCCCCCAGAUUCCGUACCAGGCUGCAGAGUGCAUGUCUGCUGGAGGGAGAGGACAUCAAGUUUAGCUGCUCAACACACAGUACUCCUUUACCCCGAGUCAGUUGGUUUAAGGAUGGCAGAGAGCUGACAGACCAGAGGAAGUACCACAUAGAGAGUGARGCCCGCAGUGGGAUCCUCACACUCACCAUCGUGAACCCUGGAGAGACAGACCUGGGACAGUAUAGGUGUGAGCUGUGGAACAAGUUGGGCAGUGCCAAGAGUAAAGCAGAGAUGUGCUCCGCCUUUGCACAAGUGAUGGACAGUGAGCCUGACCAACCACAGGCCAUCUUGAUCCAAGGUACAGUAGGAGAGUUCCCUCCACCAAAUCAAGGUAAAUGUCCACCUCGGAGUAAGGAAYCAGGUUUUGAGAAGAGGGCUAUAGUAGAGAUGUUCAUCUUUAUUGUCCACAUGUUCUACACUAUAAGACAUGAUGACAGUCUAAUACAAUCUAGGACAAGGACCCGAUUCCCCGAACAGGAAGUACCUCACAGAGCCUUCAUCAUGCUCACAGUAUCAUGGACCCAGUGCAUGUGGAUGGGUCCUCUCUCCUCUCCAACGCAUGCCCAGUUAACUCUCCACUCCUACCCAUACAAGAUGGUCAUGUGCCGGGCAUCAGAGCAUCAGUCUGAGAGUGGUGUCAUUGUGCUUCCAGACUCCGACUCAGAGGGCUGGUCCACUGCCAUGGUGAAGCAAUGGCUGCAGACAGACUUCAGCCCCACAUCUGUUGUCAAAAUGCUCUUCCAGCCUGGAUACCCUCAGCCCGCCGAGGGUAGCCAAGAGGAAAGGGACCCUACCGUGGCGGCGCCACAGUUCCCCACUGAGCUUGAGGAGAGACCUGAGGUUGAGGAGGAACUUUAUGUUCCUGAGGCCAUAGAGGAAAUGCCAACAGCUCCUCCCUCCAUCCAGGUGCCGGUGGAGGACCUGUGUGUGGAGCCUGGUCAAUCAGCUACCUUCACCAUCAUCAUCACAGGAAGGCCCACCCCCGAGAUUCAGUGGUACAAGGAUGGAGAGGAGCUGUUGGCCAAUGAGAAUGUGGAGGUGGUCCAGAAUGGUGCCCGCUGCUCUCUGACUGUGCUGUGCCCGGAGAGCGAGGACGGUGGCAUCUACACCUGCUGGGCCUAUAACGACUUAGGACACACCUCCUGUCAGGCUCAGCUGACAGUGGAGGAGGGUCCACUGGAGUCGCAGGAGAGAGAGGUGGAGCUUGGGAAGAGGAGGAAGCUGCUGUCUGUGUAUGACGUCCAUGGGGAGAUUGGGAGAGGCACGUAUGGGGUGGUAAAGCGGGUUACCCACAGGAGGACGGGUGAGGGCUUUGCCGCCAAGUUCCUGCCCCUGAGGAGCAGUACGAGAACCAGGGCGUUCCAAGAGAGGGACCUGCUCUCCCGGCUGGCCCACCCCAGGGUGGCCUGUCUGCUGGACUUCUUCUCUACACGCAGGACCCUGGUCCUGGUCACUGAAGUGUGCUCCUCUCAUGGUCUUCUUGAUCAUUUGCUGUCGAAGGGAUCCGUCAGUGAGAGAGAGGUGCAGAUGUACAUUCAGCAAAUCCUGGAGGGAGUUGGUCACAUCCACAGCAUGAACAUCCUACACCUGGACAUCAACACGGACAAUAUCCUGAUGGUGUUUCCACCCAGAGAGGAGAUCAAGAUCUGUGACUUUGGCUUCUGUCAGGAGAUAGACACGUCCAGACACCAGUACAGCAAGUUUGGCACUCCUGAGUUUGUAGCCCCUGAGAUCAUACAUCAAGACCCUGUCACUAUAGCAAGUGARAUCUGGUCCAUUGGUGUUGUGGCCUAUUUAUGUCUGAUGUGCCGCUGUCCGUUCGUGGGGGAGACGGACCGGGCCACUCUGCUGAGGGUGGGGGAGGGGACACUGAACUGGGACGCGCCCGACCUCGCCUACAGGAGCACCGGUGCCCAGGGCUUCCUCCGCACGGUCCUGCAGCCAGACCCAGCAAAGCGACCAACUGCYUUUGAGUGUCUGGGGCACGAGUGGUUCCAGAGUGAACAUGAGGAUGAGACUGAUGAUAUCAAUACGAGGGCUCUGAAAGUCUUCAUCUCAAGGAGAAAAUGGCAGCGUUCUCUGACCUGCCUGGGCUCGGUACUAAUCCUGAAGCCCAUCCCAGAGCUGCUGGAUGCCCCUCUUCGGGAGACCUCCAUCACAGCCCCCCGGGACCCCCAUGAGCACAGCAGCACCUCCAUGAGCAGCGGCUCCUCCUCUGAGUACGACGAGGCCGACGCCUGGGACUUCUUCCACCACUGCACCACAGCCGACGAGGAUGAAGACGAGGAGGAGGAAGAAUUUGACCCCCUCAUGGAGAGAGCCAGGAUCCCUGAGCUCUUUGCCAAACUGACAUUCGAGGAAGAGGAGGAGGAGGGCACCAUGGAGGAGGAGGACGAGGAGGAGGAGAUGGGAGGACAGAGGAGCGUGCUGGAGAGGAGCCUAAGCAGGCAGUCUAUAGGGUCCUCGGACGCCUCACAGCAGCCGACCCCCCAGAGGGAGAAGAGGGUCAGCCGAGAAAGCAGCCCGUCCCUAUACCUCUCCGAGGGGGAUGAUGGGUCCGCGUCCGGGAGUGAAGGAGGCCUCAUCGCCAGGAGCAGCCUGAUCCGCAGCACUUUCUACAACAGCUCCGCGCAGCUCUCGCCCAUGUCCGCUCGCCACAUGACCCUCAGGGACAAGUUCCAGGCCAAGAAGCAGGAGAGGGGCCGCAAGCCGCUCCGCAGAAGCCUCUCUAGCCGCCUCAACGAGCCUCUCAUUGAGUAUGUGGAGGACGAAGGCGAGACCAAUCACGGGCAAAGGCGAGGGUCUUUGCAGCCGUCCAUGCUCAAGUCCUGCUCCUUUGACAGCGGGGUCAGCCUCUCGCACAAUGCACCACCACAGAGGAGGAGCAGGUCGUUGGACGAGUACUCCCGACACUCACCAGGAUCCGCCAAACGCAGAGAAGAGGAGAGUGCUUUGAAUCUUAAGGAGGAUUUCACRGAUGAGGAGGAAGAGGAGAAGAGCUUGGACGUUCCCCCUCUCCAAGUGAGAGGUAGAAGAGGUUCAGUGGCAGUGGCUCCCAAACAGCUUACGGCCAGGCUUCAGAAACUGUGUGCAAAAUCGCCCCAUGCUGGUCCAGAGGAGGAGGCGGGGAACCUGGCUGGCUCUCAGUACUCCCUGGCUGAGUCCCUCAUCCUGGAGCAUGGCUCUGAGGGCUCCAGCAGGCUGGGCUCUUGUGAGGAGCUGUCCCACGGCUACCCUGCAGCCACACAAAGAGGGAGAGCAGGGGAUGAGUAUGAUGACCAGGAGGAGCCSCUGAUCACAACAUCCCCCUGCUCCCUGCUCCAGGGGUCUGAGGCUGUGGACGCUGYUAAGGAGCCCCAGCGCCYGAYKGGCCAACUUCAGAUCCCACCGAGAAGGACAACCCACCCCAACCAGAACUCAAUGGCCAGAAAUAAUGGUAAGGUAGAGAAGACGGUCCUGCCUGUAAAACCCAGCCCCAGCCUGUCCUUCAAGGCCCCAGAGAGACCCUCGAGGGCCAGCGACACAGAGGCACGUCUCCAYAGGCACGCGUCCACCCCGGCCCUCCAGGCCAAACCGCCCACGGGGAAGUCUCCCAGGAUGUCACCCAAGGUUGGGUUGAUGAAUCUGUUACGUAGGCAGUCCUGGGCGGGGCAUUCCUACUCACAACUGGAGGGCACGGAGCAGGGACCCACGCUAGGGGAAUUGGAGCCCAAAACUCCCACCAUGUCACUCAGGAAAAAGAUGAGGGCAUCAGCCUCUAGCCUCACCAAGCUGUUCACUAAAUCGUCCAGCAAGGAGGACUUAACGAAGGGAGGGCCGAUUGUUAAGGGUUCAUCUCCUGCUCCACCUGAGCAAAAGGCGAGCGCUGGCUUGGAGAGUGCUAAAAAGAAGUCKAAAUUAUUUUCAUUUAAAAUACCUAAAAUACCUGCAUUCAAGAAGAACAAAGAGAUGCCCAUCCACCUGACCAGGCCUGAUGUGUACCAGUUGGAGGCAGGAGGAUUUCUGCUGGUAUGGAGACCAGUGCAGUCCAGCGACCCAGUGGUUUACUGUGUUCAGUACAGCACAGACGGCGGGGAGUGGAAGCUACUGUGCGAGGAGGUGACAGACAGUUGCUACGUAGUGAAGGACUUACUCAGAGGAGCAGGAUACGUAUUCAGGGUGGGCUGCAUCACCAAGAAGGGGGCAGGACCUUUCAGUGACCCUUCACCACCUGUUGUUAUGGCAACCCAUCCUAAAGAGACCCACAUUCCCCUCAUCCAGACCGAGUACCCAGGGUCAAAGGGCAGUGGAUCAAGAGGUCAACCUAGCCACAAGACCUACAGCUUCCUCGCAGAGAUCAACAGGGGUCGUUUCAGCGUGGUGACCCYGUGUCAGGACAGCCAGAGCCAGCWGCUGUUUGCUGCCAAGAUCACCCCCUACAGGGCAGAAAAGAGAGCUCUGGUGCUCAGGGAGUACCAGCUGCUUAAGAAGCUCAACCACCCSCACCUGGUGCAGCUGCACACGGCCUACAUUACCCCCCAUUACCUGGUGCUCAUCCAGGAGCUGUGUGCUGGCAGAGAGCUGCUCUACAACCUAGCUGAGAGAGAUCUUUAUGCGGAACUCCACGUGGCAGAGCUGCUGGCUCAGAUCCUGAGUGCUGUGGACUACCUGCACGGCCGCCGCGUCGUCCACCUGGACCUCAAGUCGGACAACAUGCUGGUGACGGACCGCAACGUGCUGAAGAUCGUAGACCUGGGCUCUGCUCAGUCUUUCACACCCGGYCAGACACUCAACAUCGAGGACAUUCCGGGACAAGAGAAAGAGACUCCAUUGCGCGCCUCUCCACAGACAACGGGCAGAAACAGAAUGGCAGAUGGUGCUCCAGAAAUCCUCGACGGACAAGGAGUCGGACCUGAGACCGACAUCUGGGCUAUUGGGGUUUUGGCUUUUAUAAUGUUGAGUGCAGAUAGCCCGUUCCAUUCAGACCUCAACUGGGAGAGGGACAGAAACAUCCGGAAGGGGAAGAUCCAGUUUGGCCGCUGCUACCCUGGCUUGUCAGAGGGAGCAAUCAACUUCAUAAAGAACACACUGAGCAUCAAGGCCUGGGAGAGACCCUCGGCGGCUGAGUGCCUCCAGAACCCGUGGGUACGGGGCGAGCGGGCCCCCUCCAAACACAGAGACUCCAUCUUGUGUUUCUCCACUGACAAGCUGCAGGCUUUCCUCAAGGAGAGAGAGGUGAAACGAGACCAGGUCCGCACCAAGCUGCAAGGCCCGUUCUURCAAUAAUUGCACUUCUUUSUAAUGUUUAGAGUAGGGCUGUAAGGACUUACACAUGAACUGGCGCUGGGUGAUGUCUCUUCAUAGCCCAGAUCCUGAUCACAAAUAUGUGAUGUCUUACAAAUGUUGACCUAAAAUGGAGAGCGGURAAAUGUGUGCGUAUCAAUGGCUGCCUAGAGUUUUGUUAAAAGUUUGUCUGAAUGACUUGGACUUUGGCUUUGGUUGAAUUAUAGCGCCAUGAUAUCAGGGAAAUGUUUAGUUAAAUGCUUUAUGCAAGUACUGUUGCAUGAGUUUGAAAACAUGAUGAUGUUGAUGUGUAAAAUGCAUCAUCCCUUUGAGUUUGCAGCAUUGGACACGAAACYCAUUUCACGUUUACAUGUUAGUCAUUUAGCAGACGCUCUUAUCCAGAGAUAUUACAGUUAGACGUUUGUAAUAACAAAGGCUGUUGCAUCUAGCCAUUCAAAAAAAAGUUUGUAUUUUUUUUUGUGAAUCUUAACAAUAUGUUUGUGGUUCAUUAGCCAAAUGGAAAGAUCAGUGGAGGAUUCAUGUGCCCAAAGCAUAGCAAGGCCCCCUACCAGAAUACAGCUUUGUCUCACAAAGGGAGGAACAUUGAAAUAUUUAUAUAUAGAUAGAUAUUUACACUAUUGCAAUGUUUUCAACUGUGCAGAAAUAGAUUGUAUCAAUGGAGAAUAAGAUCAUGAGUAAAUGAAGCAUAUUUUUGAUGAUCCUUUAUUUGAUUUCAUGGAGUAUACCUUGUGACAGGUGAUGGAUGUACUGAAAUGCUAAUUAAACAGUAUGUUAGUG